CGCAGGCCCUGGUGAAAGUCAUGUCCGGGCGCCACCCGCUGCUCUACAGCUUCCAGACCUCCUUGCCCAAACUGCCCGUGCCCCGUGUGGAGGACACCAUCCAGAGGUAUCUGGAGUCCGUGCAGCCGCUGAUGGACAAGGAGGGGUUUGAGCAGAUGGGGCGCCUGGCCAGGGACUUCCAGCAGCAGGUGGCGCCCCGGCUCCAGAGGUUCCUAGUCCUCAAGUCCUGGUGGGCCACCAACUACGUGAGCGACUGGUGGGAGGAGUACAUCUACCUGCGGGGGAGGGGCCCCAUCAUGGUCAACAGCAACUACUACAUCAUGGUGAGUCUCAGCCGCUGGGGGGCUCGGCCAGGAGGGACCCCCGGCUGCUGGGGCAGGGCCUG